UUUGAAUACAUGAUUUUAGCCACCAUCAUCGCGAACUGCAUCGUCCUGGCGCUGGAGCAGCACCUGCCCGACGAGGACAAGACCCCCAUGUCGGAGCGGCUGGUGAGCGCAGGGCUGGCGGGGGGCUCCGGCGGGGGGCUCCGGCGAGGGUCCCCGGCCACCCCGAGGGCUCCAGCGAGGGUCCUUGGCCACCCCGGGGGCUCGGGCACGGGUCCCCAGCCAUCCCGGGGGCUCCAGCGAGGGUCCCCGACCGCCCUGGCGUGGGCGGCAGGACCGGGGCUGGCUGCCAGCCUGCGCUGCGCACAGCUGGCACCUGGCACACGGUGGCCGCGGUUCCUGGUCCCCCCGGCCCCGCCAGCGUCCCAGUUUCCUCCUUGCUCCCCCUUCGCCCGUGCCAGCCUCAAAAGUGCCAAGCUGGAGAACGCCACCUUCUUCCACAAGCGGGAGCGGAGGAUGCGCUUCCACAUCCGCCGCAUGGUGAAAACUCAGGCCUUCUACUGGACCGUGCUCAGUCUGGUAGCGCUCAACACCCUGUGUGUUGCUAUCGUUCACUACGACCAGCCAGAUUGGCUUUCCGACUUCCUCUACUAUGCAGAAUUCAUUUUCUUGGGACUCUUUAUGUCCGAAAUGUUUAUAAAAAUGUACGGGCUGGGGACGCGGCCUUACUUUCACUCGUCCUUCAAUUGCUUCGACUGUGCCGUUAUCAUCGGAAGCAUCUUCGAGGUGAUCUGGGCUGUUGUGAAGCCGGGAACAUCCUUCGGGAUCAGCGUGCUACGAGCUCUCAGGUUACUGCGCAUUUUCAAAGUCACAAAGUACUGGGCUUCCCUGAGGAACCUGGUGGUCUCCCUCCUGAACUCCAUGAAGUCCAUCAUCAGCCUCCUCUUCCUCCUCUUCCUCUUCAUCGUCGUCUUUGCCCUUUUGGGGAUGCAGCUCUUCGGGGGACAGUUCAAUUUUGACGACGGGACCCCUCCCACCAACUUCGACACUUUCCCAGCAGCAAUAAUGACGGUGUUUCAGAUCCUGACGGGCGAAGACUGGAACGCGGUGAUGUACGACGGGAUCAAAUCUCAGGGCGGCGUCAAGGGGGGGAUGGUUUUCUCUGUCUACUUCAUCGUCCUCACCCUCUUCGGCAACUACACCCUCCUCAACGUUUUCUUGGCCAUCGCGGUGGACAACCUUGCCAAUGCGCAGGAGCUCACCAAGGACGAGCAGGAGGAGGAGGAAGCUGCCAACCAAAAGCUGGCGCUGCAGAAGGCGAAGGAGGUGGCCGAAGUGAGCCCGCUCUCCGCAGCCAACAUGUCGGUCACCAUGAAGGAGCAGCAGAAGAACCAGAAGUCCUCGAAGUCGGUGUGGGAGCAGCGGACGAGCGAGCUGCGGAAGCAGAACCUGCUGGCCAGCCGGGAAGCCCUCUACAGCGAGCUGGACCCCGAGGAGCGCUGGAAGGUGCCCUACGCGCGCCACCUGCGCCCCGACAUGAAGACCCACCUGGACCGGCCGCUGGUGGUGGACCCCCAGGAGAACCGCAACAACAACACCAACAAGACGCGCCCUGGCGAGCCGCCGCUGGAGCCCCGCUUCGGCCAGUUCCGCCGGCUGUGCCACUACAUCGUCAACCUGCGGUACUUCGAGAUGUGCAUCCUGAUGGUCAUCGCCAUGAGCAGCAUCGCCCUGGCCGCCGAGGACCCCGUGCAGCCCAACGCUCCCCGCAACAACGUCUUGCGCUACUUCGACUACGUCUUCACGGGCGUCUUCACCUUCGAGAUGGUGAUCAAGAUGGUGGAUUUGGGGCUGGUGCUUCACCAAGGUGCCUAUUUCCGGGACCUGUGGAACAUCCUGGACUUCAUCGUGGUCAGCGGGGCGCUGGUGGCCUUCGCCUUCACUGGCAGCAGCAAGGGGAAGGACAUCAACACCAUCAAGUCCCUCCGCGUCCUCCGUGUCCUCCGGCCCCUGAAGACCAUCAAGAGGCUGCCCAAGCUCAAGGCCGUCUUCGACUGCGUGGUGAACUCCCUGAAGAACGUCCUCAACAUCCUCAUCGUCUACAUGCUCUUCAUGUUCAUCUUCGCCGUGGUGGCCGUCCAGCUCUUCAAGGGCAAGUUCUUCUACUGCACCGACGAGUCCAAGGAGUUUGAGAAGGACUGCAGGGGGGAAUACCUGGUCUACGAGAAGGACAACGAGGUGAAGGCGCAGAAGCGGGAGUGGAAGAAGUACGAGUUUCACUACGACAACGUCCUCUGGGCGCUGCUCACCCUCUUCACCGUCUCCACCGGCGAGGGGUGGCCGCAGGUCCUCAAGCACUCGGUGGAUGCCACCUACGAGAACCAGGGUCCGAGCCCCGGUUACCGCAUGGAGAUGUCCAUCUUCUACGUGGUCUACUUCGUGGUCUUCCCCUUCUUCUUCGUCAACAUCUUCGUGGCCUUGAUCAUCAUCACCUUCCAGGAGCAGGGGGACAAGAUGAUGGAGGAGUACAGCCUGGAGAAGAACGAGAGAGCCUGCAUCGACUUUGCCAUCAGCGCCAAGCCCCUGACGCGGCACAUGCCGCAGAACCGGCAGAGCUUCCAGUACCGCAUGUGGCAGUUCGUGGUGUCGCCACCCUUCGAGUACACCAUCAUGGCCAUGAUCGCCCUCAACACCAUCGUCCUCAUGAUGAAGUUCUACGACGCCUCGGACGCCUACGAGAACGUGCUGAAGAUGUUCAACAACGUCUUCACCUCCCUCUUCUCCCUCGAGUGUCUCCUGAAGAUCAUGGCCUUUGGCGUGCUGAAUUACUUCCGUGAUGCCUGGAAUAUCUUCGACUUUGUCACGGUCCUGGGGAGCAUCACGGACAUCCUGGUGACGGAGUUCGGGAACAACUUCAUCAACCUCAGCUUCCUGCGGCUCUUCCGGGCGGCGCGGCUCAUCAAGCUGCUGCGCCAGGGCUACACCAUCCGCAUCCUGCUCUGGACCUUCGUCCAGUCCUUCAAGGCGCUGAGCGCCACGGGGGAAGCCUGGCACGAGAUCAUGCUGUCCUGCCUCAGCGGGAAGCCCUGCGACCAGAACUCGGGCAUCAAGGAGGAUGAGUGCGGCAACGAAUUCGCCUACUUCUACUUCGUCUCCUUCAUCUUCCUCUGCUCCUUCCUGAUGCUGAACCUCUUCGUCGCCGUCAUCAUGGACAACUUCGAGUACCUGACGCGCGACUCCUCCAUCCUGGGCCCCCACCACCUGGACGAGUACGUCCGCGUCUGGGCCGAGUACGACCCCGCCGCCUGGUAA